CAGUCCCUGCCACAGCCCCAGCCACAGCCCCAGUCCCUGCCACAGCCCCAGUCCCUGCCACAGCCCCAGUGAGCACUAAAGCCAAAGCUGCCUCUAAGAAGAAGGUUUCACUGAGGGAGCAGAUUGAACUAUCCGCUCAGACAGCCAGAGCUGCUGCCACACUAUCCCAGGAGCCUUUACCAGGGGCACAGAGUGAAGCAAGACCCUUCUGGAAGGAGGAGGUGGGGAGCAGUUGGGAGGAUGGGCAGGGGUCAGGCAGUGGUCAGCCCAGACCCAGCAUACAGGACCACACCACCGUCAAACCUGACCGUCUGUACAGCAAGACAAUCGCACUGGACCAUAACCCAACCAUAACCUCUGACCUCAAUAAAGACCGUCUACGCAGCAAGACAAGCAACAGGGGACCACUCAUGGUCAACCACGUUUCAACAGUACUGGACCGUGUUCAGACCACAACCGCUGAUCGCAACAAAGACUAUCUGUAUAACAAGACCAGAAGACUGCUCACGGUUGAACUCGGUCAAACCUCUGUGAGGACAGAGUCAGCAACAGCCAAUCAGAGCGUGACAAGGGAGAAAGCGCCAUUCGACACCAGGAAGUAUGGCACUGAGCAGAGGAUCAUGGGUAAACUGUCUCUAGGGGAGGUGAGGCUGAAGGAACUACCUUGCUGGAUCGCUACCAGAGCUCCCCGCAACCCCAGAAAUGGAGUACAGGCCCUGAUCAGCGGAUGGCAGUGGUACUACAGGAGGUAUAUAGAUGUGAGGAAAGGUGGAGUGGGAGGAGUGGCCAUGCUGCUAGCAGGAUACUGCGUGCUGGGCUACACCUGGCACUACCCACACAUCAAGCAUGACCGCUGGAGGAAGUACCACUGAGCCCUGCUGAGUGGUAGGGGUCAAACAUAGGGGAAACCUCUUCAAUCUGGGAGCGCGCCCCUAGUGGUGUGGUGGAGAAACAUUUUCCAACAGGAGACAUAUUUGACAAGCUGCAGCUAUGGCGAAAACGCUUUGGCUUUAUACACAUAUUCUUCUGUGUGGAAGGAGAUCAAAUGUAUGCAGAAGCAACACUGAGGUGCCCAGGGAAAUGGUCUCAUUUCAGUUUGAAGUUUUAUUUCUUGUAGACCUUGUGUACAACUCUUUAAGUAUUUAUGUCGCAUUUGCUGUUGUUUUGUUAACUGUUUAUGAAAGGGAAGGAUAUCUCAAUGUUACAGCACGUCUGCUUCUAGGACAAGUUAGAAAUGAAUUGUGUUCUCUCUAAACUAGUGAGAACAGCAUCAAAGCUAAUUCAGCACUCCUAAAGGACUCCCAGCCAAUCCAGCAAGUGUCACUGUUGGACUGUUUUUGUUUAAACUGACAAUGUACUGUGUGUCGCAUGCCCUCCCAAUCAAUGCCUCAAAUGAUUGAAUGUAGUCAUGACCAGCCAUGAGACAAACUGGCCCAAGUAUAGUAAUACUAUAAUAACAAGUAUUACAGUGUGUGUGCUUGCAGUAUUUAACUGACUGAAGGUUGUACCAAUACUACAUGUUUGAGAAAGGUUAAGUUUCAAAUGAAUCAGGCUAUGCCCAUUUAUGAUUGUAUUCAAAAUUAAUUUAUUGUUGACUUUUCUUUCUGUUGUAGUGAACACAAACUAAAAAUGAACACAGUAUUUGUAAUGAUUUCUUUUGGAACACUUCAUAGCCAACAGAAUACAAAAUGUUUUUACAUUCUUUUUCUUUACAAAAAAGUAUAAAUAUUGUUUCAUUUUUAUAUAUAGAUAUAUAUAUAAAAACUAUACAAAUCAUGUACAGAGUGAGACAAAAGUAAACAGUGAAAAUGGG